AUGAGAAAAGACUUGAAACAAGAAAUUUCUGCAUUACCCAUUGAAGAAAAAAUCAGGAAAAUUCGACCAACUAAAAGAUUAAAGAAUUACUCCUCAUCCAGUAGAUUCAACACUCAAAAAAGUUUAACUAGUUUUCCUUUCAGUAGUUUAACAGAAACAAUGUCAACAUCGAUAAUUGAAUUCGAUUUAAUUAAAAUAGAGAAAAGUGCAAGAUCAUCUGAAGAAGAAAAUGAAUCGAUCAAAUCAUAUCAACAACAAGAUUCUAAUGAAAAUAUAUCCGCUGUUGGAAAUCAAUCAAGAUCCGAACGUUCUUCUACUACUGUUUCUACACUAACAAAAUCACCAAAAGUUCUAAAAAUCAUUGAGAAUAAUGAACCGAAUAAAUCAUCAACAUUUUAUUACCAAGAGAACGAAUUUGUUUCUACAUUACCAACUAGAAUACAUGUUGUAAAAUUGCCAAGAAACAAAGUAUCACCAUCGUUCGAAACUGGCGUCAAUACUCUUUCUUCCAAUCAAAUUCCAUCGACAGAAAUAAAUCGAAAUGUUCUGGUCAAAACAAUUAGUAGCCGGAGUAAAGAAGCCUGUCAUACGAGCCGUACGAAUACUAAAGUCGACAAUGAUAUGCGAAGAAGAGCAUCAACAUUUGAUAAAGUCACCGUUAGCAGAGUUAAAAUAGCUCAUAACGUGCACAAGCCAUUUAUGAAACAUUCAAUGAAUAUUAUUCGAUCAAAUAGUGAUCAAAAAGAAACCAGCAAUCGAGUGACGGUGGUUUCUGUGAACAAACAACAGUUAUGA